AUGGCCGCCUUCCUCCCUGUAAACAACUCGGCCACCACAGAGGACCACCCCAUGGACGGAGCGGCUACUCCCCGUGCACAUCCCAACGGGGUGCCGGUCACGUCGGAAGGCUCUUCCACAACGGAGCACCGCCCGGAACCCGGUAGUGAGCGCCCAUCCCGGGUGUCUGCACGUGCCAGGACCCCGUCCGCGUCCGACGACCCGAUGCACGGCGAUUCCGAAGGCGAGCAGGAAGGAUCAGACCAUGACACGGAGCCGGGAAGCAACGCACCGCCAUCGAAAAAGAAGAAAGGCCAGCGCUUCUUCUGCACCGAUUUCCCCCCUUGCAACCUGAGUUUCACCCGGAGCGAACAUCUGGCCCGCCACAUCAGAAAACACACGGGCGAGCGACCCUUCCAGUGUCACUGCUCGCGGCGCUUCUCUCGACUCGACAACUUGCGACAGCAUGCGCAGACUGUGCAUGUCAACGAAGAUAUCCCCGGUGAUUCGCUGGCGGCGACGGGCACGCGCUUCCAACGCCAGGUCCGUACGGAUCGCGUCCGGCCGCCGGGUCGCGCACGCGCAGGAACAGGAGGCAGCCAGGGUGGUCAUAGCCGUGGUCACAGCAGGAACUUGUCAGCCUCGAGUAUCGCAUCCACCACCUCGACCUUCAGCCAACCCCAGGAAUUUCGACGCCGACCGCCCCCGCUGAUCAUGGCCAACGAUCCCACUGCUCGUGCUCGGCUACCGAUCGAUCCGAUGGGAGAACCUCCGAGCACGCCGCCAGGCCAGAUCCGUGGAAUGCCCGGUCCGUCGGUCGCGGGCUCACCAUAUACACCAUCGACUGUUUUCUCUGCCGGGCCGGGCGGCAGUCCUCAAUACGCCUCGCCCAUGUCCUCGGCAUCGCAUGGGUUCUGGGAGGGUAAAACUGCCGCCCGUCGGCUAUCCGUCCCUACCAGCACCAACCCUUUCCUCGCUCAGCACGGCCAUGCAUACCCUCCGGUGUAUGGAAACCCUCCCGCAGGCGCACCCUAUCACAACACCAGCGGCGUUUUUGCAAGUCCUACGAGUACCCAUUACUCGGUGUCCCGGGACGAGGGCAACCUGACCGCGGCCGAGGCAGAGAUGCGGAGAAGAACGUGGCAUCCCUCAUCAUACAACACGCUUGCUCGACCGGCAACCAGCGGUCUUAACCAUUACCACACACCCGACACGAUCCCGCCAUCGUUUGGUGGAAGCGGUUCGACGGAGCAACCACCCCGGCUCCCUGGAAUUGAAAGUUUCGACAAAGUCGUCUCCCGACCCCUAACUCCUCCCACCCGGAAAUCAAGCCCGAUGCAGAUCGACAACCAUCAUCGCCCACUGCCGCCACCAAACCAUGGGUUUGGGUCUGGCUUCAUCUACUCUCAGCCGGCGGUGCGUCCACCGCCGCCCGUCUCCGGGCCGGGCCAUCGCCGUGGCCAUGUGUCCUGGGACAUGUCUUUGCAUACCAACCUGACCGGGCUUGAUAUCCGGGACCGGCGGUCUUCACGGGACGCAUCACAGUGGAGCCAGCAGACCAUCGCCGAGCUCCAGAACGUCUCGUCGCGGCCGUCGUCCUCCUACCAGCCCACAUUCGGUCCCACGGCCGAGAAAAGCCCCGAACAACAACACCGGGGUCAUGCUCACAGCAAUUCUUCGGGCAGCCGGCCAGCCCGGACAUCGCCCGAAGACUCCAGCAGUAGCGAGGGCGUAAACACGCCCUCGACGGCGUCAGUCGAGUACCAUCCGGCGAUCGUGCACAGCAGCGGAUAUGUGGAAUCGAACGACACCUCCCUGCCAUCCGACCGCCCUCCCUCGAUCUGUGGUCGUCGCCCUUCUCGCUCGGACGGCGACCGAGCUCACGCCGAUCAGGAGCCCCGGUCCGGUGUCUUUCCCGACUCCUCCGCCCGAAACUCCGGCAUGGGCCGGCUGGAGGCACUGGUGGCUGUGGCCACGAGUGAGAAUAAGGGGGCAGCCAAGUUGUUCCUGUAG